UCUCCUCCACCACCAUAUGUUUACAGUUCUCCACCACCACCAUACUAUUCACCAUCUCCUAAAGUAGACUACAAAUCACCUCCACCACCGUAUGUUUACAGUUCCCCACCACCUCCGUACUAUUCUCCAUCUCCUAAAGUUGUAUACAAGUCCCCUCCUCCACCAUAUGUCUACAGCUCCCCACCACCACCAUACUACUCUCCAUCCCCUAAGGUAGACUACAAAUCUCCUCCACCACCGUAUGUUUACAGUUCCCCACCACCACCAUACUAUUCCCCAUCUCCCAAGGUUGUAUACAAGUCCCCUCCUCCACCAUAUGUUUACAGCUCCCCACCACCACCAUACUACUCUCCAUCCCCUAAGGUAAACUACAAAUCUCCUCCACCACCGUAUGUUUACAGUUCCCCACCACCACCAUACUACUCCCCAUCCCCUAAGGUAGAGUACAAAUCUCCUCCCCCACCGUAUGUUUACAGUUCCCCACCACCACCAUACUACUCCCCAUCCCCCAAGGUUGUAUACAAGUCUCCUCCUCCACCAUAUGUUUACAGCUCCCCACCACCACCUUACUACUCUCCAUCCCCUAAGGUAGACUACAAGUCUCCCCCACCACCGUAUGUUUACAGUUCUCCACCCCCACCAUUGUACUCACCUUCCCCAAAGACUGAGUACUAAACUUCAACCCCACAUUUGCAUUACUUGAAACGGUAAAUGCGGAUUGUUAAAUAAGCUAUUGAGUUGUAACUGAUCUCACUAUGCCUUUUGUUCUUUAUGCUAUAAUUCAAUAAUUUUUAAUUUUGUUGGUACUAAUAUUCACUUUGUUUCAUGUUUUGUUCUUUUAUUUGUGUAAUGAUUGCUUACAAUCUAUAUUAAGUCUAUAAUCGCAAGAAGAUUUUAAUCUUUUUA